CUCUCGCCUCGCUACAGACUUGAGUAAUCACACUACAGCUCCACGACGCCCUGAGCCUGGCCCGGACACCCGGCGGCUAGGUAGCUAGCCCAGCAGCACCGCGACCGCACAACGCCACGGGAGCGCCGCCUCGGGGUUCGGGCACCAUGGGCUCCUCGGCGCAGCUCAAGCGGCUCAAGCCCCUGUACCAGCUGGUGGUGAACAACAUCCUCGCCAUCGUCGCGGUGCCGCUCGCCGCCGCGGUGGUCCUCAAGGCGGCGGAGCUGGGCCCCGCGGAGAUCCUGGCGCGGCUGCGCGCGCUCCGGCCCGCGCACAUGUUCCUGGCCGCGUUCCUGCCGGCGGCGGUCGCGGUGCUGUACCUCUGGCUCCGGCCGCGCGCGGUGUACUUGGUGGACUACGCGUGCUUCCGCACCAACCCCAACUGCCGCGUCCCGUUCGCGACGUUCCUGGAGCACUCCCGCGUGUGGCCCGGCUUCGACGAGCGCAGCGUCCGGUUCAUGACGCGGCUGCUGGAGCGCUCGGGGCUCGGGGAGGAGACCUGCCUGCCGUACGCGCAGCACUACAUCCCGCCGUCGCGGGACCUCGAGUCCUCCCGCGCCGAGGCCGAGCUCGUCAUCUUCUCCGCCAUCGACGACCUGCUCGCCAAGACCGGGAUGUCGCCGCAGGACAUCGACAUCCUGGUCGUCAACUGCAGCCUCUUCGCGCCGACGCCGUCCUUCACCGACAUGAUCAUGCGCCGGUACAAGCUCCGCGAGGACGUGCGCAACGUGCACCUCGCCGGGAUGGGGUGCAGCGCGGGGCUCAUCUCCGUGGAGCUCGCCCGGAACCUGCUGCAGGUGGCUCCCCGCGGCGCGCACGCGCUGGUGGUGUCGACGGAGACCAUCACCCCCAACUACUACAUGGGGCAGGAGCGCGCGAUGCUGCUCCCCAACUGCCUGUUCCGAAUGGGCGGCGCGGCGGCGCUGCUGUCCACCAGCGGCGCCAACGCGCGGUUCCGGCUGGCGCGCGUGGUGCGCACGCUCCGCGGCGCCGCGGACAGCGCGUAUCGGUGCGUGUACCAGGAGGAGGACGAGCGGGGCAACGUCGGGAUCAACCUGUCCAAGGACCUGAUGAACAUCGCCGGCGACGCGCUGAGGGCGAACAUCACGGCGAUGGGGCCGCUGGUGCUGCCGGCGUCGGAGCAGCUGCUGUUCGCGCUGUCCUUCAUGGCGCGCAAGGUGCUCAACAAGCGGAUCAGGCCCUACAUCCCGGACUUCCGGACGGCGUUCGAGCACUUCUGCAUCCACGCCGGCGGGCGCGCCGUGAUCGACGAGCUGCAGCGCAGCCUGACGCUGUCGGACGAGCAGGUGGAGGCGUCGCGGAUGACGCUGCACCGGUUCGGCAACACCUCCAGCAGCUCGCUCUGGUACGAGCUCGCCUACAUCGAGGCCAAGGGCCGCAUGCGCCGCGGCGACCGCGUCUGGAUGAUCGGUUUCGGCUCCGGGUUCAAGUGCAACAGCGCAGCCUGGGAGUGCAUCCGCCCCGCCUCCAACGCCGACGGGCCCUGGGCCAACUGCAUCCACCGGUACCCCGUCCACAUCCCCGACGUGCUCAAGCACUGACGACCGCGCCGCCGGCGACGACCUCCCGUACGUGCUGCCAUUAUUCCUGCCUCUCGUCCAGUGUCCUCCUCUAUCCCCCUCCACUUGUUCCUUUACUCUUCUAUUCCCUCUCUCUCUCUCCGGCCGCCGGUUCCGUUGCCAUUACCACAUAUGGUUCGUGGAAAUCAAACCGCUGGGACAGUGAUGAACUCGGAGUUUGGGGUCGAGGGCUUUGUCUUGUCGGCCUGUCAGGGUGGUCGUCAUAAAGGCGGCGGGUCAGGUGAGGCUCUUGGUGCAUGUGCGCCGCCAGGGCGGGCGGGUGUGUUGUGGUCGAGGUGGCGGUGUGGUCGUAAUCGCGUCGGCCUCUUCCAGGAGGGCGGCUACUAUACACGUACGUACACUCGUUGGCUGUGACUUGUUCGCGUCGUAUCGUGUUCCCAUUUCUUUUUCUCUGUAUGUUUUUUUUUUGCGUAUUUUCUUUUAACACAUUCAUCCAGUAUAAGGAGUGAAAACAAGAGCUAGACAAGCAAGAAGAAGAGCUUGAUGUAUCUGUGUACCUACCAAAACUCUGUAUACCUACUAUAUCAAUCGAUUGUUCACUGUUGCAUGAGGCAUGAGCUGAGAA